AUGAACACAACUACACCACUACGGAACGGCAUCGCAGCCAUAGAUUUCUCGCCGGUUCUGGCCCCAAAUGCAAUCUUUCUCUCUUUCUACUCAAUUUCUCUUCCUCUGCAUGUUCUCAUUGCCAUUCGCUUCUGGCGUUUCUAUGGGUACUCCAUUGGGAUGAUCUGUGGCAUUCUAUUGGAACUUAUUGGUUAUUGUGGAAAAGUUCAGCUCUCACAUAAUCGAGACAACAAGAACGGGUACAUCAUGUAUAUCAUUGGCCUCACACUUGGUCCGACUUUUCUAUCCUCUGCCCUCUAUCUCAACAUCAGCACACUACAGCAACGUUACUCAUCAUCUCGGUUCACUCGCAUCAGCCCUCGCCUCUUUGCAUCUCUAUUUAUUCUUGGCGAUUUCAUAUGCCUUUGCUUCAUAGGAUGUGGCGGCUCUCUUGCGGCUAUCUUCGCAGAGAAUCCAAUCGGCGUGGACCUCAUGAUCACCGGCUUAGCUGUUCAGGUCCUGUUCACAGCCAUCUUUUGUCUCGCACUUUGGGUCAUUUGCCGCCGCUCUUGGCUUGAAAUACGUCAGGAGAAGAGGUAUCUUUACGUGAUAGGUCUAGCGAUAGCCUCCGCCUGUCUCUUUGUCCGCUCAUGCUGGCGAUGUGCAGAGCUAAGCGAGGGUUUCAACGGCCCCCUCGCGUCCAUGGAAGGCGUGUUCUUUGCACUGGACAGCAUACCGAUGGUAGUCAUGACCGUCACCCUGACCAUCUUUCACCCUGAGUUGUGGCUGGGUGCCCGCAAAUCCAACUCAGGAAAGCCUAUUUGUGUCGAGAACUAUACUAUGUCGUAUGUGCAGACAAAGGGUUGA